AUGAUAAACAGAUACACCUUGCAAUUUAAGGAUUCAAAAUUAGAAGAAAAGUAUUAGGAAAUUUAAUUGAGAGAAAAAAGGAAACCUUUAGUUAAAAAAAUAAUAUAUUUAACAUUCCUUGUCGUUCUGGUUAAAGGGACUUUUUCUAUUAUUACCUAAAGCCUUGAUGAAAUUUAUGGAACAAUAGGCUAUUUUGUUAGUGAUUUAUGUCUAAUUGCAAUUCUAAUGAUAAAGCCUCAAUGCUGUCGCUAUGCAUUAAUGCUUGUUACCUAUUUAAUGAUGAUCCCUUAUUUGAGAGUUGAUGAUAGCAAAAAUUAAUUUCAUUAUUAAUUAGCAUCUGCAUUGAUAGUAGGAUUUUAAUUUGUAAUCAUUACUUCUGGAGAAUUUAUAGAUGCAUUAGUUUAGGUCUUAUCAAUUUUUUCAAUUUACUUAGCUUAUUUUAUAAUUUACCAACCAAACUUUUCCUAAGCAUUUGUUUUAUCAGCAUUCUUGAUUUGCUUCCUGCUUUUAUUUUCCCUUUAUUAAAAUGUUGCUGCAGAAAGAUCUAAAUUUUAACUUACACUCCUAAAUGAAUAAUGGGAUAAGAUUCUAUUAAGCAUGGUCACAGAACCUUGUGUAAUCUUUAAUUUUGAUCAAUUAAGACACACUUUUAUUGUAAAAGGAUCUUUUUCUUUCAUUGUCAACUGUGAUACCAAUGAGGAUUUGAAGAAUUUCUUAAGGAAAUCGAAAUUAACCUUUCAUAAAAAAAUAAAUUUAGAAAAUUUUCUAUUUAAAUAAAUAGAUAAAUUCGACAAGUAGAAUGAUAACAUCAUAAAUCAAUCACUUAUCAUUGAAUUGAAUUAGAAAGCUUAAGAGAUCACAUAUUCAAUAUUCUCAGGAACCAAUCCUAUUAUUUUGAUAAAAAUUGACCAAUGCAAAUGUAGCAGAAUCGUAGGAGAACAAUAAAAUUUAAAGAUAGAAUAGCAAUUCCAAUUUAAAUAUCGAGUCUUAUUAAAAAGUAUAUAUCAAUAAUUUAAAAGAAUCCUUAUUCAUAAAACAUCAAAUUUAAAAGGAUUAUUUAAAUUGAUUAUAUAUCACUAUUUAUAAGAAAAAUUGGAAUAGAAGUAAAUCAAGUAAGUAAAUUUAAGCAAAGUCUUUUCUAAUUUAAAAUUGUUGUAUUCGUAAAAAUAGAUUAUUUUGUCGAAAAAUCUUUUAGAUUUUACUUUCUUGGGGUACAAAGAGGCUCUAUUUCUCAUUUUAAUCGAAAUUUUUGAAUGCAAUAUAUCUAAUUAAAUCUACAUCCAAAUAAACAAUGAUAACUGCAAUGAAACACAAUUCGAAAUGUUAAUUUUUGGAAUUUACAAUGAAAAGUCAUAUAAAAUAUUAAGAUAAAGAUUAGUAAAAUUAGAAGAUUACUUUAAUAAUUUAUAUCUUACUUAAUAAUGUAAAAUUAUAUUAAUUUUUAGAUAUAGCCUUAGUUAUUACUCAUAGCACCUUUAUUGGGAAAAGGAGAGGUUGA